AUGGCACAGGCGUUCAGCACUACUUCAAACCCAAGCUUCGGACUCGUCGAUCAUGAGGAGGCUCUUCCAAGCUACUACCUCAUCGAGUACCGCGGUGUGGCGUUCCGAGUGCAGAUGGACCAUAACGACGAUGAGCUCAUCCCUAGGCGCUUUCUUGCAGAAGCCGAGCUGUCCGAGGACUUUACAUCACCUCCAUGGAUUCACCGUGCUCUGCAGACCAUGGAGCAGGGUAGUCUUAUCAGGAUGGCGGAAUGGAACAGACUGGACACCAAGUACAAAGAAGUGUUUGAGAACUUGGUCCGGAUCCCUCUUCUCAGAGAUGGCCUGUUUGACGGUGGUCAUGAAGUUACAGGGCAGCCCACAGAUGAUCAGCCGCUGCUUGCGAGAGAAUCCCGGCGUUUUCGCCGUAUCGUCAAACGUCAGCAGCGUGCCAUCGUGACGUUCAUGCAGGAUAUUCUGAAAGAUGCUCCAAUGACUCAUACAUCCCCCGAUGGGCAAUCCGAGGUGUAUUUGAACCCUAAAUACCUGCAGAAACGGAUCCGUUACUGGAUGGGCCGAAUCCAGCACCGAGAGAGGCUCCUGAUUGGACCUGAAACCAAUGCUUUCUUGACCGUGGAUAGCCGUCCGGGCGAUCGAGUCUGGAGCCGACACUUGGUUCCUAUCACAGUGACCACCAAUCCCAACGUCACCGUUCGCACUCAUCUUACCCGAGCUGUCAAGACCCUUAUUGGUCAGUACUGCUACCAGCUGAGGGAUGUGAGCAACAACAUCCAGUCACUCCCAGACCAAGAAGCGUACCUGAUUCACAUUCACGGCUCUCAUCUCCACAUCCUGCGUCUAAUCGCCCCGGGCUUCAAAACCUCUCGUAUUCGCUCCAACGUGCACAAGCAGUUCGUUUACGAUGACACGUACACCUCUCUGAACCCCCACCAGGCCGAUCAGCUGGCUCUCAGAAUCCUCGCGAAUUCGGACGGCGAUCCCGACGCGCUCCGCAAAGGCCUCAAAGAUAGGAGCGUCCGCAAAGUCCUGGAGCAGGUCGAGUGGUUUCGUUUGUACUGCGGCGACGCCACUGUGGGCACUGUGGAAGAAAUAGUCAACUGCGACCCCACAGUUUUCCAGGUGCUGGUCAGUCGUGAGUAUGAUCUGUGGGAUGAAGAAGGCUUUCGGAAGGCCGUACGCAAUGUCCGGGCGCUCUACAAGUAUCUGAUGAGUGGGACGGCUCGGAUCGGUUCGCUGCAGAAGAUGUUUUGGGACUGGCCGAAGGCGGCAGCCGAUGAUGAUGACGACUAUGACGAGAUGGAUUUUGCUUGGUUCUGGGACUCAGACCGGUUUGCAAGUGGUUCCGAGGAGAACACCGAUGACGAGGAAAGUGAUUACGAGAAUCUCGAGAAGUAUGAGGCAGAGCUUGAAGGCGAGGCGGGAGUUGAUGAAACUGUGUAUGGAAGUGAAGAUAACAAUGAGGAGCUGGCGGAAGAUCUGGACGAUGCACGAGACGCAAUCCUUGAGUAAGGGCGACAUUAAAUGUCGGAUGCUUUGUUGAUGCCAGCAUGGCAGACUUGCUUAUGCCGCGGUUCGCCUGUCUGCAUGGUCUGAUGAAAUGCUGGUCGGUCAACAACAGCUGGGUAUGCGUCCUGAUAUUAGGUACAUCACCAAGACUUGGCUUCAGUCAGUUGGCGAUAAUAAAGAGCUAUCUUGAUAGCGGGGUAAAUCGGGCUUGACGAGGGUUUGAAGCAGAAACAAUUUGU